UGGGGCCUCAGAGGAGCCCCUGAGAAUUGAAAUGUUGAGCAUUGUUAUAAAAACACUGGUCUACACGUAUUAGAAGGUUUUAUCAUUUCCUUUUCAGAAAAGCAUUUGAAUACUAUACACUACACACUUACUAUGGUGAAGAUGUAAACUGAGAAAAUAUUAUAGCCUAACUACUAACAGAAUAGUAAUCAUAAAAAGAUAUCAUUUUAUUCAGGCCUAAUAAGAAGUCCAUGGAUGAAUUCUCCAGAAACCGGGUAAGCCAUUUUGUUUAAGAAAAAUUAUAAGUAAAUUAAUUGUUUCUGAACCUGGUUAUUAAAAAAAAAAUAUUUUUUCCAACAUAAUAUGUAGAGCUUGAACACCUAGGUUUAAUGUACACCCCUUUUAGAACAUGCAAAAUCAAAUAAUAAUAUUUAGUAACAAUAAAAGAUAUCACAAUAUUUUGGUGAUGUGUAACUAAAAAUUAAUUUGUAGUUCAUCAUUGGUAAAGGUAUUGUGUUGAUGUAGUAUUAUUUAGCAAUAUGAAUUUUGGAAUAUCUUUAGGCUUAGAAAUUAAAUUGAUUUAAGCAAUAAUUAGCAUCUAAUAAGUUGGCAUCUUCUUAGUUGAUCAGUAAGGUAGCUCGAUUAUCAAUGUACUUUCAACUUUCCUUUUAUAUGCAGUCAAUUUUUUAUGGGCAUCCCAUGAUUUUCUUUUCUUUGUGUGGGUAGUGUCCUCAAUAACUGAACCACUCCUAUCUACACCCCAGGAAAAAAAAAAAUUCAAUGUAUUAAUAUAUUAUUUAAUACUAUUUUCCAAGACAUUGUCUAGCAUCAUAGUAAGCUUUGUUUUUUAAAUUUAAUUUUGAUUUGUUGAAAACACUCCCAUUUAAUUCAUAUACCACAUCUAAGACUUAUUUUUAAAAAGUAUCCAUUGUGAUUGAAGUUAGAAAAAAGACAAAUUAAGGCCAUAUUAUAGACACCAUGAUCUCAUGAAUAAAUGAAAUGAUUUUUCAUUGCACAAGAGUAGUUUUACACCUUGACAUAAUUUGAAACAAUUUCUAUUAAACAUUUCAUUUUUAGGGAUUCCUUAUCCUGCCCCUCAACUCCCCAGAAGAGUACAGGGGUUCCCUACAAUUUUAAAAGAAAGAUUUAUUGUAGAACCUUAGCUAUCAUUAAUGACAAUUUUUGAUUAUUAAAAUUUUAUGUAUAAUAUCAGAAUAAAUAGCAUCAUGCACUUGAGUUUUAAUCUAAGAUAAAUAUAGUAGAUAGCUACGUGAAAAUGUUGAAAGUAAAACGAUACUAGAAAUAUUUUUAUGCCUAGGAACAAAACAGGCCACAUAUGUAGAUCAUUACCUACAUUUGAGUGACACUAGUGUGAAUGUGAUGCAAUAUUUGAAUAGAUAAUAUUGGUAAUAGUCACUAAGAAAUUACAGUUUGGCACAUAAUCUUGGACGAAAAUAAAUAAUUUCAGCCUCUUGAAUUCUGGGAGGAAUUCUAACUUAAUUACAAAUAGAUGUAUAGAAACUUGCAUCUAAAUAGAUGUAUAGAAACUUGCAUCUGUUAACUUUUUAUGUUAUCGUUUAUAGUGUUUAAAGCCUAAAUAAAAAAAAAAUCAUUUUAAAUUUAAUAUUGAAUGUUUCAACCUGAUUAAAUUGGGAAAUAUCUUAUCAGCUCAAACAAGAUAUGUAAAAAAAAAGACCAAAAAACUGGCUGAUAGUGAGAUGAUAUACCUGUAUAUCAGUUAUCACUCAUCUUAAAACUGUUUCAAUGAAAGUGGUUUUUUUUUGUUGUUGUUUUUUUUACCAUGAUACCAUACACUGAGAGGUUGUUUAUUUGAAACUUCUUUUUGCUUUAUUUGUCAUUGUGCACAGGCCAAUGAUUCAGGAGGUUUUUGGAUGUACACUUUUGUUUUAUUCAUUUCUUGUUCAAAUACAUAAACUGACAUAUUUCUUAGAAUAUUAUUUAUACAAAAGGGAAAAUGAGGAUUAUAUUUUCUUAAACAGGAAUAAGAUCCUACUGAAGGAAAGGAUGACAUUUAACUAAAAAAUAAAACAAAAUAUUAUUUUGCAUUUGUUAGCAUUUUGAAGGGCUUUUACUUUAAGAUUAUUUAUUAGCUCCUAUUGCAAAUUAAAUAUUGUAUUGUAAUAAUUUUCAAUUGUGAUAUAUAAAAAAAAUAAAUUAGGGUUUAGGUAAUUUGGCUUAGCAAUCAAUCUCAAAUUAAGGUAACUUGGGUAACACUCUAACAAGUGUGUUUAUGUAUUUGAACUAUGUGUUUAUCAGUAUUAUCUUUCCUGCAUAAAAACUGUACAAUUAUUGCAGUCACAUAGUCUGAGGUCAGCUCAUCAUUAUCUGUGACGUGUGAUCUUUAUUAUGUAAAUUAAUCACUGUUCAUGUGUGUUAUUGUUAUCUUUCCCCAGUGGAGCACUGUGUUAAUUUUCAUGUUUUAACUUUUAAACUUAUCCCAGUCUUAUUAAGAGUUAUCAAUGCAAAGUUUAAAAAAAGGCCUGUCCUUGGAACUCUAAACUAAAAAGAAAAUACUAUUUUUAGCAAGUAGUGCUGGUUUCAUAUGAUCUAAGAAGGUCAGUUGCUAUUUAUUUUAGGAUAGAUUUGCAAGAUCAGUUUUCUUUUUUCUUUUUUUUUUGUAAUAAAUGUACUCAAGUGUUUGUGUUCAACAGCUACAGCAGCCCAGUUGAAUAUGAAGAGUUUCCAGUUCCUCAAGACUCUGAUGGUGAAUUAGAACUGAUGGCUUAUGAAGAGGACUACGAUGAUGGGUUUGGCCCAUCAAAGUCACCAGCAGAGAAAAAACCACUAAUUGGGUCAUCUAAUCAGUUUGAGGCACCAGUUGACAGGUAAAAAAACAACUUAUUUUAUAUAAUUAUUUCAGUGAUUCUCAGUCAGUGUGGAGGAAAGAUUUUCAAAUAUUUCUACACAGAGCCAGCAAGAACCAAUGGAUAGUUCUCUUUAUUAUAAGUUCUAAAGCAAUAACCUUUAGAUCAGUAUAUUUUUAUUUAGGUUACACGCUACUGUUUAUCACUCUAAUUAUGUAAGUUGAGGAUUUUUUUUUUUCAUAAAAUUUGUAGAUAACUGAAAAGUGUGCUAUAAUAGUUUAUUCUAAUAAUUUAAGGAAGGAAGAAAAAAAUUAUGUUUGUUUGGUGGGUAGUGAAAAAGUGUUUUAAUUAAUGAAGUAUUUUAAAAUCAUUCCAAUAACUUAUACAUAUUUUUUAAAAUAGUUCAUUUUUCCAUUGUGUAAGUUUCAUCUCCUUUGAUCUGCCAUAGUUUAAAUAUUUACCAUAUGUUUUUAUUAUUUGUCCAUGUAUAACAUCAAUUUUUCAAUUGUUUACAGAAAGUAUGGAGUGUUUCUCAUAUUUGGUUUCCUGGGUCUGGCAUCUUUACUGCCCUGGAAUUUCUUUAUCACUGCUAAAAAGGUAUGUUGUUUAAUUAUAUUUUUCUAAUGAGAAAUUAUCAUAAUUAAAAAAAUUCUUAUUUGCUGUCAAUAGACUAUUAACAGUACUGGUAACAUUUUAUUUUUGUUUCUGUAUGCUAGCUACAGGAUAUGGAACAAAAAUGCACAAAAAUAAAAUAACAGAAAAUCAUGUAGCACAUCUAGUUAUGUGAAUCUUUAAAAAAAAUUGAUAGGCGGAACAGUUUGCCCUAAUUUUUGAGGGACAUUGUAAAGGAUAAAAAGUAAUUUAAGAACCAUUUAAAGACUUUUUUCUUUAAAGACUUUUUUCUUUAAAUAGAUUUUAAGACAUCAGAGCACUGGUGGCAUGCUAAAAUAGCAUGGAAACAAGAGCUAUAAAAGUACUCAAUCAUCAUCAUCAUAACCCAGGCUUACAUUAUGUUUUUAUUAGUAAUAGUAAUAUGCCUCUCUUUUGUGCCUAUUCUCAGUACUUUGACUACAAAUUCCGGAAUACCAGCCUACCAAGCAAUGUAUCAUUUGAUGAUGAAAAGCACACCACCCAAAUGCAGAAAGAGUUUGAAAGCUAUCUAUCUAUUGUGUCAAAUGGAUCCAACUUAUUCUUUAUGAUAUUAACUGUGCUUCUUGUUAGGGCGUAAGUACUCUCUAUAAAUUUGUUUUCAUCUCCAUGUUAGUAAGAAAUAAGUUUCAUUGGUCUCAUUUAUCAUUUCAAAUAUUUUUCACCCAAGUUAAAAUAACUAAUAAUGGCAUUAAUUUUGAAAAUAUUCGCUACAUCCAAGAGUGUUAUCGAAUAAAAGGAACAACUAGUUUAUUUCUAAGCCAGCUGUAGCUUCCAGUGUAAGUUCAUGUGUACUGCAACACUAUUUUCCAAGUUGUAUGUUUAUAGUUUACUUUGCUUUUGUUUCAGAAUUGCUGUCAAAGUUAGAGUUUUGGUUUCAACAAUCAUUAUUACUAUAAUUUUCAUCAUAACUUCAGUUCUUACCAAAGUUAAUACAGACUCAUGUAAGUAGAAAUAAAAGAAUUUUUUUUUAACAGGCAUGGUUUCCUUACACAAAAUAUGAUAUCAUCAUCAAUCGUACAACAAAUAUUUUUGGCCAGCUAAAUUGUUACUAUGUGUUAUCAAAAAUAUUUUCUGCUGUGUACUAAAAAUUAAAAAGUUAACUCAAGUGUCUAUUAUCAUUGCUUUAUUUGGUUCUCAGGGCAAGACACAUUCUUCAUUUUUACACUUGUGAUGGCUACUUUUAUGAGUGGUAUAUUUUCUUUUAAUUUAUAAGAAUUAAUUAAUUUGCUCACGAAAAGCAAUUUAAAUUGCUUGAAGCUCUAAUUAAUGACAGAGAUUUUUCUAAAGGAAAAAAAAUUAAUCUGAGAUUUAAUGACUUAGUAAAUAUUGGCAUGGACAUCGGUUGACAAGUUUGUGUGGAUUGUGAAGGAAAAAAAAAAUUUGAAUUAAAACCAUUUGUUACUUAUAUUUAAGCUGAAAUAGUCAAAGUUAUGAAGUAAAUAGUGGCACAUGGCAUGUUUUCUUUUUUUUAAGCCCAGUUUAGUACCAGUGGUUAUCCACUACGUGCCUGUGUCAUUAAUCUCAAAAUAUUCACUGUGAUAGAGAAUCUGUAUUUUCCCAUAUAGUAGCUUUUUACCUUUAAGUGCCUCUUUUGAUUUUCCUGAAAAAUGAUUGUGUUAAUUUUUAUUUCCUAAAGUUUUAACUUUAACAGAAUUAGUAACGGUUUAUUCCCUUUAUUUUUUCAGGAGUCCAGUCUGUUCUCACUGGGUCAGUAUUGGGCCUGUCUGCUGUUUUUCCAGCAAUCUACUCCCAGUCUGCAAUGAUUGGACAGGUUGGUUUGCCUUAAACUUUGCUGCCCUAGAAAACCAGCUUAGUAAACAUUGUUUAAGAGAUAAUGACUUUAGUGAUGUAAGGAUUAGUAAUAUAAUGUUGACUUAGAUAAUAAUCACUAUCAAACCUGAAUGACUCUGUUUGCUAUGUUGAAGGCUUUGGGUAAUGUUCAAUAGAUUCAACAAUACAAACUUUCUGUGAAUGCAAUGGGGUAAAUCUUUAUUAUACAUAAAGUCAGAAGUUAUAAAUUCAUAAUCAAAUAUCGGUAUUAUCAAUAAAACUAUUGAGCAAAAGUUUAUAUGUUUUUUGUGUGAAGAAUUUGAAUAUUAAGCGAAAAAUAGAAUUUAAGAAAGAAAAGAAUGCAUUACCAUUACUAACAUGAAAACCACACCUUUCAGUCAAGCGUAGUUUUUUCCAGGCCACUUCCAUAAAUAUUAGUUUCUUUUUUAUCCUAUAUUUUCACUAAUAUAAAUAUUUUAAAAUAUAUUCAUUAUAUGGACACAAUAAUAUAUUCUAAAUUUCUGAAGGAUAGAUACAUAUAUUAAAAUAUUAAAAGGGGGAGGUGUUUACUAUCAAGGUAUACAUUGUAUGUCCUGUAAUUUACGCUUGUCACAAUAAACGCUCUGCUAUUUUUUUUUUGCAUACUAAUAGGGAAUAAAUGAACUCUCUUAACUUGUCUAGGCUGCUGGAGGCACUUUCUCAGCUAUAUGUAGCAUACUGACCCAUGCCUUUGGAGGGGAUCCCAUUACCAGUGGUCUUAUAUAUUUCCUAAUUGCCACAGUUGUCACAGUUCUCUCUCUAGUUACUUAUAUAAGUCUCCACUUUAUGGUAAGCAUUUUGAGAUUUCCAAUUGAUUUUAUCUUAGCUAUGUGUCAUUUUAUUUAUGUGAGAUAUAAGUCUUAGCUAUAUUUCAUAUUCCUUAUUUUAUAUGUAACAGAACUAAGAUAAGUAAAGGCAAAAUUAGUUUUAAAAAAAUAUCUUAAUGUAAAUGUGAUCAAAAUUUUCUUGACUCUAAUGAUGUUUAUGAAAGUUCUACAAAUAAAAAAUGGAUAACAGUCUUGACACAGAUGAUUAAUUGAAUAGUAGGAGAAAUACAGCAGCUCUAAGAUAUCUCUGCAGAUAUAUACAAUAUAUCUAGGGCACAUAUCAUCAACUGUCGAUGGGAGUACUGGGCAUAUGUGGAUCAUUUGGUAUUUUGGCCUGAGACAAUAUGUACCAAUUGAAUCAAAAUUCUAAAGCUGGAUUACAUAAUUGUUGUCCAGAGUUUGUCCAUUAUUUUGUCGUACGAAGAGUGUCCCUGAGAAACAUGAAUAGAGAGUGAUAAAAAAUGGCACCUGAAAUCACUGCACAACUGAUAGAACAUAGUGAUUUUGUGCUUUCAUUUAUUUAAUAAUCUUAAUGAUACAAUUUAUUCUUCAAUUACUUUGUGAUCCAUUUACGUAAUACUCUUAAUGAUAAAAUUUAUAUUUCCAUUACGUUGUGCUUUCAUUUAUGUCAUAAAAUUAACAUAAAAUUUAUAUUUGUAUUUUAGAAAAUGAGUUCUCUUAGCUUUGAGCUAGCUAUUUAAUGUUAUUUCCUCCACAGAAAUAUGCCAAAUAUUAUAUGGUAACACUAGGUAACUAUAAAACUUGUUAUUGAUUUGACUAACUAGGCCAGUUAGCUAUUUUAUUUUAAAUUGUUUCCAACCACAGUUAAGUGGGCAUGUACAUUGACCUAAAAGACAUUUGGCAAACAGGACAUUCGUUUACUUCUCAAUACAACUUUUAAACUUUCAGUCUCUGUGACCUGCAUAUUCUCCUAUUUGCUAAGUGUUCAAUUACUGUAAUUGUAUGUUCUUAUUCAGUUUUGUGAUCAAUUUUUGUAGUUAGACCCAUACUUGCUUACUUAAAAACUUUCCGUAAAUUUAGGGCACUUAGCCGUUUGAGAACCUUUCCUGUUUUUAAUAUCAAAAGUUGAAAGCCAACCCUAUUUAAAUAUGUCUCUAUUAUUAAUUUUUGAUGGAUGUUUUCCAAAUGGGAUUAAAAAAAAAUCGAAUUCUGUUUCAAUGUUGUCCACAGCAAGCAAUAUAAAUGGAAUAAAUACAGAGCUAUCUGUCCCUAGUGACAGUAUUAGUAGAAAAGAAUACUUUAUUGAAAUUUUGAAACAGGUAAGCUUUAUGGAUUUAUUGCACAUAACAUUUAUUUACAAAUGUUUAUUAAUGGAAUUGAUUUCUUAAUUGUUUUUAAUGAAGGUAGUUCAGGUUGUUGUUUUAAAUUUAAUUUUUCAAUAACCAACUGAUCUGAGAAUAACCAAUUUAUACUAUGCAUUUUCUAAAAGGCUAGUAGUUACAAACUUUUUCCCCUUCAAAAUAUGCAAAAGUUGAUCUGAACUUUUUUUGUGAUAUGUGUUGAUAUGAAAUUUUAUUGUGAAAGGAAUUAUUGUUUUUUUAAUUAUUUUAUUUUAGACAUGGAUGUACUGUUUGAGCGUCUGCCUUGUAUUUCUAGUUACUCUAUCCGUGUUUCCUGCCGUCUGCUCUCUAAUCAAGUCAACACAUACCCCCAAAAAUGAGUGGACAGGUAAAGUCAGACAUUUGACUGUAAAUCUGUUUGAUUUCAUUUUAAAUGGACAUUAUGUUGUUUAUAAAACCUGUAGAUUCAUGCUGUGGCUCUCCAUGGUCCCAUGGAGGAUUGUUUGUUUCUUUAGAAUAUAUUCUUAGUUGCAAUUUUUAAAUUUAUUACUCACAUAAUAUUUAAGUGAGAUGUGGUUUUUCUUUUCCAUCUUACAGAGACAUACUUCACUCCUGUUAUAUGUUUUCUGCUCUUCAAUGUUUUUGACUUUGUAGGAAGGCUCAUCACAUUUGUUAUAAAAUUUGUGAGUAUCUGAAUCUCAUCUCCUGCCGGGGAGGCCACACAGGGAAUUUUAAUCUUUAUUUUUAUUCAAUGGGAUCUUUAAUAUCUGAAAACAAUAUUAUAUAUAACGCAUCUUCUAGAUCAGUGUUUUGUUCACCUUUUGAUUCUCUAAAGUUUUUUUAUGAAUGAGGCCAAAAGGUUAGCAUCUGACUUUUGUAAUUUCCAAGUUUAUGCAGAUAAAAGUUUUACUUGAAGGGAUGCUGAUAAUGAGAAAAAAAUAAGCUCAGCAAAGUCUGUAUAAAAUACACAGAAAAAUUGCCUGUCCAGGUUUUUAAUGACUUAACAUUUUUGUGUGUGUUUUAGCCAGGAGCUCAUCGACCAGGUUGGCUUCUUACGAUGACAAUACUUCGCAUUGGGUUCAUCCCAUUACUUAUGUUGUGUAAUGUACAGCCCAGAGAAUAUUUGCCUUUAGUUUUGAAUAACGAUGCAUAUCCCAUUGUGUUGAUUUCUUUACUUGGUUUGACCAAUGGCUACCUAGGGACACUCUGUAUGUCUUUUGGUCCACUGUAAGUCCAACUAUAUAUUUAUUGUUUAUUUUUUAUUUAACAAUUUUUUGAAAUGAUUUUCCUGAAAAUUUAAUUCACUCUUAGCCAGAACGAAUCAGUUGUAUCAUAACAAGGGAAUGAUAAGGAUUCCUCUAGAAAGUUCAAAGCUCUAGUCUGUAGUAACCAACUAGCAGUGUUAAAUUAUUAAAAUCACAUAAUCUUGGCCAAAUGAAACUUCCUGCAUCAUGUUACUAGCAGUGGUCCUAAAAUUUGAAAAAACUUGAGACCCUAUUUUUGUGCACAUUUUAUGGUUUCUUUGAUUAAUAUCUAGGUCUAGUCAGUCCUCCACACAUAUUUUAAAUAUUACUAAUUAAUUGUGUUGUAUCUGGAAUCUGAACAACUCAUCUGAAAUUAGAAAAUCAGGACUAAUUUGUUGGGUUCUUUCACUGGAUGCCAAAUCUUAAUUUCUAAAUCUUUAUUAAAGUUAUGAAAAGGAAAGGACACAUCACACUUAACAUGUUCAAAAAACUCGAGUGAUAAAAUACUGGGAGUGGCUUGGAAAGGUCACAUCCUAAGGGAGAUAAUCCCGAAUGAAGUGGCUAUUUGUACCCGGGUACCAGAAGUGAGAGGUUGGGUUUAAAAAUUAUUUAAAAUUUUAUUGCUGGGUUUGUAAGACAAAUUGAGGUAUCAAAUGAAAGAUAAUUGAAUGGACUAUAUGUUUGUAAACUUAAUUCUUCAGUUUAACUAAAAUAAACUACAACUAAUGACAUCCGAAUAGCACUGAGUCAAAAUGGAUCCAGACACGCAGCGUCGCCAUUCGCACCCGGGUACCAUUAGACUCAAGCUAUUCGGAUGUCAUUUGUGGUAGUUUAAUUUAGUUAAACUGAAGAAGUAAGUUUACAAAUAUAUAGUCCAUUCAAUCAUCUUUCAUUUGAUACCUCAUUUUGUCUUACAAACCCAACAAUAAUUUUUGAAGUUUUUUAAUCCCAAUGGUACCGGGUACAAAUAGUCGCAGCCAAUCACGAAAUAAGAAUGCUUGUGUAGAUUUUAAUUUUAACCAAAACAAAAAUUAUUUAGAUGAACUUGGAUGUUGAAAAAAAAAUAAAUUAAUAAAAAACGGUUUACCUCUGUCCUUGUAAAACUAAUAGUGUCAUAAUUUAUAGUCCUACAGGGUUAAAAAUGAAGGGGCAUACAAAUAAUGAAAAUCUUUGCUUAACUAUCUAUAAUAUUAACAGUUUCAAUAAAACUAAUUUUUAUUGUUUCAAAUAGCAGUCUAACCAGUUGUCUGUGUUUUGUUUCAGCAAAGCUAAAGAUGAACACUUGGAAGGAACAGGGAUUAUGUUGGCCCUGGCCAUGACUGUAGGACUUGCUGGGGGAUCAGGCUUCUCAAUUCUUUUUGUUAACCUCAUCUAAACUUAACUUAGAGGGUUGGGUUGGGGGGGGGACUGUCUAAAUAUAGUGAUAUUUGUUUAAAUUAUGUUAAAAAAAACCAUGUGGGAAUGGUGGUGGUGGGGGAAACCACUUGUGAUAAGUCUCAAGAACUGAGAAUAAAUGUUGAUUCCUAAAGACCAACUGUACUAAAUUUUUCAUAGUAAAUUUAUAUCAGGUGUUCUCAAAUUCUGGAAUAUUAAAAAAAACUAAUGUAACAGCAUGCAUGUAUUUUUUAAUUGAGUUUGGAGUAUAUUAUCAUUAUUUUUUUUAUUUAAACAAAGUAAUUUUUUUUGGGGGUGACAUACUAUGUACCAGAGUUUGAGCAUCCCUGGGUUAAUGAUGGCAGUGCUUACUUAGCUUUUAUACAAUAAAUCAGGCCAUGUGAUUGUGAAUAAUGCAUAAAAAUAUGUUUUAUCAUUCCAAACUUUGACUUUUCUAUGCUUUGUAAAUACUCAAAAUGAUCAUCAUGUGCAAUAACCUGAUGUAGAAAUAUAAUCUGUUUAGAAAAAAUGAUGAUUUUUUAUUGUAUUCUAGUUCCAGUCUAGAUCUAUAGUUAUUGGCCACAAAAUAACCAUGGACCAGUUUCUUCUGAAAGAAAAACUUUCAUCCAUGUGCACACACUAUAGCUAUUGCACGAUGUAAUUAUGAAACCAGAUAUCAUAUUAGCUUCCAUCAAUUUAUAUUGGUUGUGUAGAAGUGGAAGGAAUGUUGAUGUGAUGCUUUGAAUUUGAAUCAAUGCUUGACAAUUUUUGAUUUGGGUUUUCAAAGGGAGUGAAGUAGUGAUUGCUCAACUAAAAUCAAAAACAUGAAUUUAAAUUAAAAAAAAAAAAUGUUUCUUCAAAAAAUAUGUUUUAAAAAAAAGAAAAUUAAUAGCUUUAAAAAAAGUAAUGUAUUACAAUUUUAAAUCUAUUCUUGACAUAGGAAGUCAACAAAAGUUCAAUCCUAGAUUCUCUGUCUAGAAUUCUGAACUCUUCUUCCUUAAAAAAAUGUGUUUAACAAAUUUUAUUAUAAUUAUAUAGAUCAUCUGUUAAAUUCUGAUUGUGAAAUUGUUGUGAACUUUGCAGCUCAAUGAAGGUCAUUCUUAUCAAGGCCGCCCACCUGGACAGAUCGAUGUUCAUUUUUAUCAAGGCGCCAAUCUGUUCUGCAUUUAUUCAAAUAAUUAGAAUUUGGAAUGGUCAAACUUGUUAGCUUCCAAAUGUGAGCUUUUGGCUGAUUUUAUCAGCCAAAAGCUCACAUUUGGAAGCUAACAAGUUUUCAGUUGUUAGGUCAGCAUAAUUCUACAGACUCACAGGCUUCUUUCUAUUGAGUGCUUUCACAUUGUUUUACAGUCAGUCUGUGCAAACCUAUAUCACCAAUAAAAAAAAAAAUCAUGGACCAGUUUCUCUGAUAGAAAAAAAUUAUAAUAAAUACAUUUUAUAUUCUAUUAUGAAGAUACAAAAUGUAAAAAAUAUCAAGCAUGAGUUAGAAAAAGAUGAGAGAAGUUUUCUAAUCCAGCCAUUAUUUGAUAUAAUUUUAAUUUCAUGGUUUAAUUUAUUGGUUUUUUAAAAAUGAUCUGGCAAAUUUAGCUCCUGAUUUCACACAACUUUGUUGAUAUUUGGUAUCUAGGUUGCCCAUUUGGUAUCUAGGUUUCCCAUUUGGUAUCUAGAUUGCCUAUUUGGUAUCUAGGUUGCCCAUUUGGUACCUAGGUUGCCCAUUUGGUAUCUAGAUUUCCCAUUUGUUAUCUAGGUUGCCCAUUAGGCAUCUAGGUUUCCCAUUUGGUAUCUAGAGUUCCCAUUUGGUAUCUAGGUUGCCCAUUUGGUAUCUAGGUUUCCCAUUUGGUAUCUAGAUUUCCCAUUAGGUACCUAGGUUGCCCAUUAGGUAUCCAGGUUUCCCACCCAUGUUUUACUGUUAUAUUCUCUGGUGUUAAUGGUUAAUUAAACAUGACAAUUUACUAACCCAUUUUUCUGUCUUUACGUCGAGAAUGUUAACAUAUAUUAUAUAUAUCAAUAUAUUGCCUGUUUGAAUUUACUGCCGCAUAUCUGGCAUGCCAGUUUGCUGGCCCAAGUUUUUGUGUGAACCCAGGUGUUUAACAAUGUGUAGUGUUAACAACUUUAAACACAUAUAUCUGAACCCUCCAGGUGCAUGGUUCUGAAAGUCGUCUGCUGAAGGAGAGUGUAAUUAUGUUAAUCUGUUGUUUUUAUUUUGAAGUGGUGUUGCUGGACAGUUGUAAAUUGUGUCUGAAAUCAAACUGAAAUUUGACUUUAAAAAAUUGCAUUGAACUUGUGUUCAGUUACAGUUGAGAAGUGCUUUUUAAAACAUCUUGUUUGUAUAGACCAUUAUUUAAUUUAACGAUUUAUAGUAUUGGAUCUUUCAAUAUCAGAAGUUAUAUAUUUUCUAAUAAAUAUCUAC